AGUAUUUCUAAAAAUUUCCGAGUAAACGAUCAACAAUAAUAAGGAACAAAAAAAAAACACAGAGAUAUGCACACACAAAUUCGGAUGAUUCAAAAGAUUUUGCGUUUCGGGCAAAAACUGUGUCGCUAUCUGCAAGGUGCGCUUCAGUGAAGCGUGGUAAGUAAAUGGGUUUGGAUGAUUGCGAGAAGAAAAUGCGGACGAAUCUUCUGAGCGAAGAUUCCGUGUUCAAUCUCUACAUCAGCAAGGAGACAUGGGACGACAUCAAGCUGUACAGGAAGGAGUACAACGAGGUGAUCCGGGAGCGAGAGUCGAACAGGAUUCCUUUCUUGCACAGAUCUCCGCAGCACUAUUGCAGAGGGACCACCGUGGACUACCUGAAGAAGUUCUCUAUUAAGAAGCAGCUGACGCACUGCACUCUGCAUUUGGCCAUUUAUCUUCUGGACAUAUUCAUGGACAAUCACAACAUCAGCGCCGAAAGGAUGCCUCUGGUAGCGAACGUCUGCUUGCUGAUCUCCGCCAAAUUGGAGGAGAACAACGUGACCAUUCCGAAAAUACAGGAGCUUAACGCAGCUAUCAAAUCACCGUACCCUGUGCACGAGUACAAAGCGCUGGAAAUCCUCGUCCUCAAGUACUUCCAUUGGUACAUCAUGUUCCCGACGACGGCCCAUUACACCCACUACUUCCUUCCGGCCGCCAUCUCCAAGGAGGACUUCUGCUGCAGCCCUCGUUCCACCACCUUCGACAUGCAGAUCAUCAUCCGGACGUAUCUGGAUAAAGUAAUCGAUGACAUCCACUACAUGCAGUUCUACAAGCCCUCGAUGCUCGCGUCCGCCAUCAUCUCUUUGGCACGGAAAUCCGUCGGCCUCAGCAGCUGGAACGACCAGCUGAAGACGCUCACGAACUUCUCCGACAUCGAAUUGGAGGACGCAAAAUUAGCCCUCAUUACAAAUUCCCCACUGGAAUGCAAGAACUGCACCAGAGGAAACAACAGGAAACCCUGAAUAUAUUCGAAUUACCUGUACGGGUAAUAUAUAUACAUUUUUUUUUUUCGUAAUUAUCGUAAGUGUGAGUUUGCAGAUUUGCGAACUGCAGUCAGUUAGUUUUAACACUUUAAGUGAGAAACAAGUUGUUUUGAAUUAAUAGUUUGAUCGAAGCGUAUUGAUUUCGUACAUUUACAUAAAAAAUGUAGCCAAUAUUUUUUUGACACUCGCAAAACUGAAACUAUAUAAUUAAUAAA